AUGAUCCAACUACCUGUCGAACUCCAACGGGGAUGCAUCGAUCUCCUUUCCGACGAUUUGGCGACACUCAAGGCCCUUCGCCUGGUGAACAAAGGAAUCCACGAAUUAGCUUCCGAGAGUCUGUUCCGCACAGUAUCCUUCACGAACGUCGAAAACAACCCAGAAAGAUUCUUAAAUAUCUUCCAUUCCUCUUUACGAAAGCAUGUACGUCAUGCCAUCAUCAAUACUUCCGACCAUCCCGACGAGUACAAGGACGAAGAAGACGAAGAAGACGACGAUGACGACGACGAUGACGACGGGAAAUAUGUGGAUGAAGAGGGCAAAAUUCUCCGUACCUUCAGCGAUGCCAUCGCACGACUUGCACAGCUGGAGAGACUGAGACGAGUAGAGCUAAAGUUCUCGAGCCUUUGCACCGUAGACGAUUAUAUUGAGACCAGAUUCAAUAAUACUAUGGCGGAGGUUGAAGAGGAUGAAUCUUUCCGGGCAAAGAUCCAGAGCCUUUGUUUCCAAGCUUUAGCGAAGAGCGAGAGCUUCGAGAGUCUUGCAAUUCAGAACUUACAAGAUGCAAUGCCUCAGGAUAUCAUGGAAUCUGAAAACUUCGUGGCCGUCAGAGCGCGCUUAACAGAAUUGCAACUGAGAAUCUUGAGGUACCACGAGGAACCGGAAGAUCAAAAGAGCACCUAUGCAGACGCGGCGCACAAUGGUCUCAGACGUUUUCUCCCAAAGUACUGGUUGAAGCCCACCACCAAUCAACUCACACGGUAA